CUCACGAUUGUGAGUCAUUUGUAGAGGACCGUUACGUUUCGACUGCAAACUGCUGGUCUUCAUAAGGCGAUGUAAUGGUGUAGACUGGAUGGUGUGCCUGUCCGAUAACACUCAUCGGAACAUCUGUGCUCUCAUCGAUAGGUCGGUUCGUGUUGAGAUUGGCUGUUUGUAACGAAACGCUCGUUCCGGGACGAUAUUCCAUACCUGUACCAUGUGAACGUGGUACGAACAUUAGCUCAUUCCGUAAUGAAACCGCUCUCUCCGGAAGACUGAAACCGGAUGAGUGACGCAUGCGUAUCAGACAUGCGUUCAGUGAUGCCACUGAACGCACUGUAUCUUCACUGGAACACAUGAAUAUUCUACACAAAAUCGAGCCUAACUAAUGAGAAACAACUCGAAACACGAUACAUUACAAGAACAUUAAUAUUUAAUGUUGAAUGUACCAGAAAUUUGACAAAACACCUGCUUCUUGUAAGUAGCUCAAAGUUCGUCGCACAAUGAAUCUAUUCCACCGCAAACCAAAAUGCACGUUGGAAACUGUAUUGGCAAUCUUAUUUGCAGUUGUUUCUGUUAAGGGUGAUGGUGGCUGUAGGGUCCUCGAUUACCUCGACUGCAUCAAAAACAAAACCUUCGUGGGUCACGUGAUCAGGACUUUCAGAAUCUUAGCACCCGGACUAGAGGAUUGCCAGCACAAAUGCUAUAUGGAAGACAACUGUGUGUCGUACAACUUGGGUCCAGUGGAAGGGAUGGCAAGAUCAUGUGACCUGAAUGACGCUGAUCAUUGGAUGUGGCCGAAUCACGUGGUACCAAAAAAGGGGUUUGAAUACUGUCCUAUCAAGAACCCUUGUUCGUCUAGUCCAUGUCCAUCCAACAAGAUAUGUAUGCCUGACUUUUCAUGGGAUAGCUUUAGCUGCGUUGAUGGCAUUUGGGCUCAAUGGGGUUCAUGGACCACGUGCCAUCUCCCGGAUUGUCCCAGGACUCGAAAACGAAACUGUACCAGCCCUACAGCACCUCAGAAUAUCGGUGCCAACUGUGUCGGCCUAGCGUUAGCUUCCAAGGAAUGUAGAACACAAACGCUAGACACAACAGGAUGCGAAACUGCGCUUGGGAUGGAAAAUCGAACCAUACUCGACUCCCAGAUCACUGCGUCAUCAUUUGAAAGGAACUACACAAUGUAUGCCCCACAGGGAGCCCGACUUAACAAUCAGUACGUUCGGUACGGUACCUGUGGUGCGUGGGCACCAACUAAGGCUGUAGGCGAGUAUAUACAGGUUGAUCUUGGUAGAGUCAAGACGGUUACUAAAAUUGCCACACAAGGAAGACCCACUAGUGCCCAAUGGGUGACCGAGUACAGUGUGUCUUACAGCAACGACACAAGGGACUGGACAAACUACUAUGGAGACUGUGUUAAGAAAUUUCCUGGAAACUUUGAUCAGAACACAGUGGUGGCCAACAAGAUCGAGAUACCGAUCAUUGCUCGAUACAUUCGUGUCAUUGUACUAAAGUGGCAACAUCAUCCUUUAAUGAGAAUGGAGCUGUAUGGUUGUACCCCACCAUGAAACACGAACAAAUACCAAGAAAGUACCUUGUUUUAAAGCCACAAUUAGAACCUUGUCUUCACAGAUACCUGAUGCAAGACAUCCUUUAUGGAGCUGUAUGGUUGUACCCCACCAUGAAACACGAACAAAUACCAAGAAAGUACCUUGUUUUAAAGCCACACUGAAUUAUAGAACUUUGUCUUCACAGAUACCUGAUGCAAGCCAUCAUUUAUGGAGCUGUAUGGUUGUACCCUACCAUGAAGCACGAACAAAUACCAAGAAAUGCCUUGUUUUAAAGCCACAACUAGAACUUUGUCUUCACAGAUCACCUGAUGUUGGCCAUCAUUUAUGAAGCUGUAUGGCGUACCCCACCAUGAAGUACAAAGAAGCACCAAUAAAUGUCUUGUUUUACAGCCACGACCUGAUGUCAGCUAUCAUUUAUAAACUGUAUACAUGGCUGUACUCCACCAUGAAGCACGAACAAACACCAAGAAAUGCCUUGUUUUAAAGCCACAACCUGAUGUCAGCUAUCAUUUAUAAACUGUAUGGCUGUACCCCACCAUGAAGUACGAACAAAUACCAAUAAAUGCCUUGUUUUAAAGCCACAACCUAAUGUCAGCUAUCAUUUAUAAACUGUAUGGCUGUACCCCACCAUGAAGUACGAACAAACACCAAGAAAUGCCUUGUUUUACAGCCACAAUUAAAACUUUGUCUGCACAGAUACCUGAUGCAAGCCAUCAUUUAGGGAGCUGUAUGACGGAUCAUAUAUUAUUUCACGCCGCAAUUUCCCCAGGGAAAAUUGAAAUUAAAAAAAAACAAAACAUAACUCUACUUCCUCUUAUCCAAUUUCAAAACGGUUUUCAAUUUAAUAUUGUAACCAAGAAGGGAACAAUAUAAAAUGACUUUUUAGGGUUUUCUAAGAAUUCAACAUGAUCGCCAUGGAUUCUUGUCUUUAAGUACCCUUAUUACCCUUAAGUACCCUUAAGGCCCUUUACAUUGGCUCGGUGAUUUGAGCUGCAAGUCACGGUAUAAAUGUCAUCUAUUCACGGCAUCACACAGCAUUCAAUAUUCAACUUAGAAAUCAGUCUCGAUCGAGCGACCAUCGUUAUUAAAUAUUUGAUCGAUGUUUUACAUCAUGUAAAAUAAGCUUGAAUGAUGUACUUAUUAUCUGAGUAUGUUUCA